AUGGACGCCAAGGCGCUGGAGCAGGACGCCCUGCAUUUCGCCCGGCUCGCGGUGCAGCGCGACCACGAAGGCCGCUACUCCGAGGCGGUGUUUUACUACAAGAUAGGGACUUGCUAUGAAGCAGCACAGGCCUUAAUUUAUGCUGAGAUGGCAGGAUCAAGCCUAGAACAUAUUCAAGAAAAACUAAAUGAGUAUCUUGAAAGAGUUCAAAAUCUACAUUCUGCAGUUCAGUCAAAAAAUGCUGGUCCUUUGAAAUCAAAACAUCAAUUAGACUUAGAGAGUGCUCAUUUUCUUGUUACACAAGCUUUUGAUGAAGAUGAAAAACAGAAUGUUGAUGAAGCUAUAGAAUUGUAUACAGAAGCUGUGGAUCUCUGUCUGAAAACUUGUGAAACUGCUGAUAAAACCCUGCAAAAUAAACUGAAACAGUUGGCUCGGCAGGCACUAGAUAGAGCAGAAGCAUUGAGUGAGCCUUUGACAAAACCAUUCUACAAAGUCAAGUCAACAAAUAUUAAACCAAAGCCACCUCCAGUGAAAACACAUUGUCCACUAGGAGCUAAUUCUUUCCCUGAAAAGCCUCAGCCAUUUAUAAGUCCGCAGUCAUGUGAUGCACAAGCACAGAGGUAUACAGCAGAAGAGAUAGAGGUGCUCAGGACAACUUCAAAAAUAAAUGGUAUAGAAUAUGUUCCUUUCAUGAGUGUUGAUCUGAGGGAACGUUUUGCUUAUCCAAUGCCUUUCUGUGAUAGAUGGGGCAAGCUACCAUUAUCACCUAAACAAAAAACUACGUUUUCCAAGUGGGUACGACCAGAAGACCUCACCAACAAUCCUACAAUGAUAUAUACUGUGUCCAGUUUUAGCAUAAAGCAGACAAUCGUAUCAGAUUGUUCCUUGGUGGCAUCAUUGGCUAUCAGUGCAGCUUAUGAGAGACGGUUUAAUAAAAAGUUGAUUACCAGCAUAAUUUAUCCUCAGAAUAAGGAUGGUGAACUAGAGUACAAUCAAUGUGGAAAGUAUAUGGUAAAACUUCACCUCAAUGGUGUCCCAAGAAAGGUGAUAAUUGAUGACCAGUUGCCUGUUGAUCAUAAGGGAGAACUGCUGUGUUCUUAUUCCAACAAUAAAAGUGAAUUAUGGGUGUCUCUUAUAGAAAAGGCAUACAUGAAAGUGAUGGGAGGCUAUGAUUUCCCAGGAUCCAACUCGAAUAUUGAUCUGCAUGCAUUGACUGGGUGGAUACCAGAAAGGAUUGCUAUGCAUUCGGACAGCCAAACUUUCAGUAAGGAUAAUUCUUUCAGAAUGCUUUAUCAACGAUUUCACAAAGGGGAUGUCCUCAUCACUGCGUCAACCGGAAUGAUGACCGAGGCUGAAGGAGAGAAGUGGGGCCUGGUCCCCACACACGCCUACGCUGUGUUGGAUAUUAGAGAGUUCAAGGGGCUGCGAUUUAUCCAGUUGAAAAAUCCUUGGAGCCAUUUACGUUGGAAGGGGAGAUACAGUGAAAAUGAUGCAAAAAACUGGACUCCAGAGUUGCAAAAAUAUCUAAACUUUGAUCCCUGGACAGCUCAGAAAAUAGAUAAUGGAAUAUUUUGGAUUUCCUGGGAUGAUCUCUGCCAGUAUUAUGAUGUGAUUUAUUUGAGCUGGAAUCCAGGUCUUUUUAAAGAAUCGACAUGUAUUCACAGUACUUGGGAUGCUAAGCAAGGACCUGUGAAAGAUGCCUAUAGCCUGGCCAACAACCCCCAGUACAAACUGGAGGUGCAGUGUCCACAAGGCGGCGCUGCAGCUUGGGUUUUGCUUAGUAGGCACGUAACAGACAAGGAUGACUUUGCAAACAAUCGAGAAUUUAUCACAAUGGUUGUAUACAAGACUGAUGGGAAAAAAGUUUAUUACCCAGCUGACCCGCCUCUGUACAUUGAUGGAAUUCGAAUUAAUAGCCCUCAUUACUUGACUAAGAUAAAGCUGACCCGACUGGGACCCACACCUGGGACCCACACCUUUACAUUAGUGGUUUCUCAAUAUGAAAAACAGAACACACUCCAUUACACAGUCCGGGUAUAUUCAGCAUGCAGCUUUACUUUUUCAAAGAUUCCUUCACCAUACACCUUAUCAAAACGGAUCAAUGGAAAGUGGAGUGGUCAGAGUGCUGGAGGAUGUGGAAAUUUCCAGGAGACUCACAGAAAUAACCCCAUCUAUCAAUUCCACAUAGAAAAGAUGGGGCCUUUACUGAUUGAGCUAAGAGGACCAAGGCAAUAUAGUGUUGGAUUCGAGGUUGUAACAGUUUCUUUGGUGGGAGAUCCUGUUACCUAUGGGUUUCAGAGGAAAUCUAGUGGUGAUUAUAGGUGUGGAUUUUGCUACCUGGAAUUAGAAAACAUACCGGCUGGGAUCUUUAAUAUCAUUCCCAGUACUUUUUUGCCUAAACAAGAAGGACCUUUUUUCUUGGACUUUAAUAGCGUUAUCCCCAUCAAGACAACGCAACCUCAGUGACAGAAAUCUCAGCAAUAACUGGAUUUGGGACUUACGAAGCAUCAACUCUUCAAACGAGGACACAAUCUUUGGGAAGA